UUGCUAGGAUACCAGAGCUAGGACAGUCGUGCCUGUUAAAUAGAGCUAGCAGUGCGCGUCUAAGUAAGUUCUGAGUUCGGUACUUACUUAAAUGUAAAAAUGUCAGACAAUGAGGGAGAAACGGCUCCAAAAAGCUCGUUUUCCACCUACAUGGCUGAAGCCGACCAGCUGUUUCAAAAAGGAGACUAUAGCAAAGCUGUUGAAAUCUACUCUACGGCUCUGCUAUUACAGCCAGGAGACAGGAGCUGUUUGGUUGCCAGAUCCAGAUGUUUUGUGAAAAUGGGUGAAGCUGAAAAUGCUCUUAGGGACGCAGAAGAUUCUCUCAAAGAUGACAAAAACUUCUUCAAGGGUGUGUAUCAGAAGGCAGAGGCUCUGUACACCAUGGGGGAUUUUGAGUUUGCGUUGGUCUUUUACCACAGAGGCCACAAACUGCGACCAGAGCUGCAGGAGUUCAGACUGGGUAUACAGAAAGCUGAGGAAGCUAUCAACAACUGUGUGGGAAGUCCUUCAUCUGUAAAGCUGGAGAAUAAGGGUGAUCUGUCUUUCUUCUAUAAGUUGGAUGAGCACAAAAAGGCUCAACCAAAAACUUUUAUGCAUCCUGUAAAGGAGCAAAGCCAAAAGACACCCAAACGUGAGAGAACAGCAAAACAGCUCCUGGGACAGCUGUACACUGACAAAGAAUACCUGGAAAAGCUGCUCAAAGAUGAAGAUCUAAUAAAAGGUAAGACGCGCUCUGGUGAGAGGCUGCAGGACGUAAUCAUGAGCUGCAUCUCUUAUCUGGAUACACGCACUGAGUUUUGGCAGCAGCAGAAACCUAUCUACGCCCGUGAGCGCGAACAAAAGCUCAUACAGCAGCAGUGGAAGCACACACGGAGUCGUCCUCCCACAGAGUCCACCAUCUACAUCCUUAAAAGCCUGGAGGAGCUAGACACAGAACUGACUGCAGGAAGCGCAGCGAAUAGCUUAAGGAAGGCCCGAGAGGUGCUGAAGGUGGUUAAAAGCCGGUCUGCCAAAGAUCUGCCCAAUAAGACCGAAGUAAUGGGAAGCCUAUACAGCUACAUUGGUAAUGCACUGAUAGAUCUGGGAAACAUGGACAAGGCCCUGGAGAACCACCUUAAAGAUCUGGAGCUGGCCCAGCAAGGUAAAUUGACUGACAGUAAAUCCAGGGCUCUGGACAACGUCGGCCGAGUGUAUGCACGCAUUGGCAAAUUUCAUCAAGCUAUAAAAGUCUGGGAGGAAAAGAUCCCUUUGGUGCAAAGUGGUCUGGAGAAGGCCUGGCUGUUCCAUGAGAUCGGUCAUUGUUAUCUAGAACUGAAGCAUCACAUCAAGGCCAGAGACUAUGGCAUGCGUUCGCUCAGUGCUGCAAAUGACAUCGGCGAUGAGAAAUGGCUGCUCAAUGCCAACGUGCUUGUGGCGCAGGCUGAGUUAAAACUAGGGAACUAUAGGUCAAGCGUGUUACACUUUGAGACGGCACUGGAACAGGCUAAACUGCUGCAGGACAACGAUUCCAAAGAUGCCAUUCAGAAGGCUCUUCAAGAAGCAAGACAGCAGAUGUCCCAGUGAGUGAAGACUGACUGCAUUAGUGUCCCCCUUCCAAAGGAUGUUUCAGUGACCAUGAAAAUAAAUGUACAGUAACGAAUCAUAAUUAUCACUUGUACUCAUCCCUGCAUCCACUAGAAUACAUUUUGAGUCUGUGUUGUAGCAGGAGGACGUCGUCAUGCGUCAACUUCGUUUUCAAAAGUUUGAGGAACAUCUGACAGCAUUUACAGUAAGAGGUCAAUACUUGACUAAUAAGGUUAAGGUCGUCAUGAAAACUGUUGGACAUUAAUUGCGUAAUUGUUGCUCACAUUAAAUUAGGUAAUGGCUGUGAGGACAGAAAUUGUAUUUAGCGUUUUUAAAGAAAAGACUUUCUGAUGUGGCUAAUGAGCAAUUUACGCUUCCUUUGUUCAUGUGUGUUGCAAUAUCAAGACUUGUGAGAAACAAUUGUGUAACACCAGAAUUUUUAUUAUCUACCUACUUGUGAGAGAGUUAUGCAAGAACCUGACAAGCUGUUUUAGCUUGUCUGUAUUUGUCCUGAAGAUGUUUGCUAACCCCAUAGUCGAGUUUGCAUAAUUUACCUAAGUGCAGUACUUUAUUUAUGUCAAAAUACUAGAACAAAAUAACCAGAACAGUAAAUGAAAUUAAGUAUUUUAAAUAAAUUCACUUCAAUGAA